AUGUAUUAUAUGCUUUGGGUGGAACUGCUUUACAACCAUUAACUUUUAUCUGGAAUAGAAAGUGCCCUCAUUGCUCGGUUACUCUUCUUAUAUGUGAACUGAUAGAAUUUUGUUGUAAUCAUGGCAAGUGUAUCUUAUCUUCAUUACCAGCUUAUUCAAUGGAUAUGGAUAACAUUCUCAAUGAUCGCAAUAUUAGCACUCUUUCUCGAAAACUUAAUGCACUCUUUUCUUUUAUGACAAUUGGCGUACAAG